AUGGACAACCUGCGAGAGACCUUCCUCAGCCUGGAAGACGGCUUGGGCUCCUCCGACAGCCCUGGCCUGCUGUCCUCCUGGGACUGGAAAGACAGGGCGGGGUCCUUUGAGCUGACCCAGGCCUCUCCCGCCCAGAGCCUCUCCCCGGCUCCGUCCCUGGAGUCCUAUUCUUCCUCUCCCUGUCCGGCUGUGGCCGGGCUCGCCUGUGGGCAUGGAGGUGCCAACAGUCGGGGCGGCGAUGACUGCAGCGGCCUUGGGACCAGCGGCCUGGUGGAGGUGGACUACGACAUGUUGGCUUUCCCACCUGCCUACCUGCAGGGCUCUAGCGGCACCAAGGCCCAGAAGGGCACCAAGGUCAGGAUGUCCGUCCAGCGGAGACGGAAGGCCAGCGAGAGGGAGAAGCUUCGGAUGAGGACCUUGGCUGAUGCCCUGCACACCCUCCGGAAUUAUCUGCCCCCGGUCUACAGUCAGAGGGGCCAGCCGCUCACCAAGAUUCAGACGCUGAAGUACACCAUCAAGUAUAUCGGAGAGCUCACAGACCUUCUCAACAGCGGCCGGGAGCCCCGGCCCCAAAGCGCUUGA